AUGGAUGGUGAGACAAAAGCAAAGAUGGAAAGGUUGCUUGCAGAGAAGGUUGGGAUCAACAAGAAGCUGCAGGGAAUCUUGUCCCUGCUGACACUUGCAAAUUAUGCAUAUGGAAUCAAGCUGAGGCCAUCAUCUUUGAUGGUUCAUGACAAGAAUCGUGGAGGAGCCAUGCUGAAUGCCUGGGAUGUACACAGAAAAGGUGCUGCCAUCUUGGAUGCAGGCUUGCAGCCUAAGCUUUUGAUUCCUUCAUCCAUUUGCAUCGAGAUGGCCAGUGAUGGGGAAAGCAGGAAGAGGCAGUUGAAUGCCAAUCAGAACCUUGCAGCAACUAGCAAUGCCAUGCUUCCAGCUCCAAUUGGCCAUGAAAGAUACCUUACACUUGGAAACUCCCACUGGGUGAUGUUUUGCAAAGCAUUGCAGGCUGGAUGCGUCAACCCAAAAGGCCAGCAGCUGCAUACACCUGCAGAGCUUGAGAAAUUGAUGGCUGAGGGGUGGGAAUGGCAAGCCAUUUCAGAAAAGGUUGAGCAAUCCUUCCCCUCAUUCCCCAGCUUGUGCCAGAGUGCUUUGAACAGUGUCAACUCCAAUGCAACCUCCACUGGAGAGCUUGAGGCCAUGCUACAGCUCUCAAGCUAUUUGAAGAGUGGUGCUACUUUGUCAGACGCUGUGGAAGCAGUUCAUGCAGCACAGCCAGUGUGUGGUCAGUAUUUGCGAGACAUUGCCACCUUUGUGAAGCUCUACACUGGUGGUGAGGAUUUCCCAUUGUUGGAUCAGCUCAAAGGCUUCUGCAAGAGAUUUGGCCCCAGCUUGCUCAUUGGAGAGGAAAUGAUGGGCCUGCUGGCCAACUUUGACUUUAAACAAGAUGGAAGCCAAUUGGUGAUGCGCAGAAUUGCAUUGCUACAUGCCAUACUUACAUCUAAAAGAUGCACAGAUGGCUACUCCAAGCUUAUUUUCAAAAGUGACCUAGACAAAAUGAAAGGUUCACUCAAGGACAGCACAAAGCAAAUUGAAGAUUUGCUGCUUGGAGCUUGGAAGCAAACCUUGGCAGUCAUGAAGACUGGUGAAGGUGAGAAGGCAAGCUUUGCCUUUGGAAAGCUCUCAGUGCGACUGAUCUUGGUUCUGCUGGCAAAACAAAAGCACAGCAGAGACACAGUGGAGUUUGAUUCCUUUGAAGAAGUGGUCCAGAGGUUUACAGAUGAGUUGACUGGCAGGACAGUUUCCAGUUCAAGCCAUGCAGGUGGUGAGAAAAAGGUUGUCUGUGGCAAAGUUCAAGACCUUUUGGAGGCCUCUGCUUCAGACAUGGCUUUGCUCCAAAACCCCCACCUCACAUUGGGCUCUAAGUACUGUCACCCAGAUCACCCUGAUCAGAUCUUCACAUUCACCAAAGUUGAUGCUGAUAGCAUGGUGUUUGAACACCAGCCUCUGUUUGACAGCAGCAUCGUGAUCCAUGCAGACUUCCAUUCUUUGAAACAAUGGAAGGUGACCAAACAGCAGCCACCACUUCUUUGCCCUGUUGAACUGAUGAACUCCAGGAGUGGUACUUCCAGUGAUUCCAGCAUCUACAUGGACAUGUGCAGAGGUGAGGUGCAAUCCAUUGUGAAUGAAGCAUACUUGCAGCACCUCCCUGGUGACCAGCUGCUUUUCUCACUGCACCCUUCCAAUGUGUUUUGCUCCACCAAGGUGAAAAAGAAUGAGAUCAAUUUGUAUCCAGCUGGUGUGGUGCACAUGGUAAAACCAGCUGAUCUUCCAAAGAUCAAAGGUGUUGUCUUGAAAUACAAGGGCUUCCAUUGGACUUUGACACCCUACAGAUCAUUGCCUGCUUUUGAUGACAGCAAAGCAGGCUAUUUAGUCGCAUACAACUGGGUUCAAACAACAGAGGAAGCAGAGGAAGCAAACAUGACAGUGAAGUGGCUGACUAUCAGAGGCUUAAGCCUUCCUGUGUUGCAGAAUUGUGUCCCCUUGUCAAAGCAUGAUGCUUUGGUCAGGACAGCCAUCACACCAUCUGAAAAGGUGGAAGGCGAUCCUCCCAGCAAGAAGAGGAAGACAAAGUAA